AUGUGCAUAGCUUUACUGCUUAGCACUAGCACCAAGCUUUCCGCUUACAGCCAUCAGGGCUCCUCAAAACCAUCCAAGAAGUUCACCAAACCCCUCCUCAUCCUCUGCGCAGCCACAACGGCCCUCGCAACAAGUAACCUGAACCUCAUCUACUCAACCUCCUCGUACCACAACAUCCAAAAUGCAGGAAGCGGCUACUUCACCGGCUUCAGUAUCAAAGAUACUAGCGGCCACAAACUAUGGAGCACCGACGACCCCGACGGCUACGCCUCCUGCAUGUCAGAACAGCGAAAGUUCACCAUGACUUCCGACUGCUGGUCCGGCACCUGGACCUUUGGGUGCGAGUCCGCUUUUAGCGGUAACCCCAAGCUGUGCGCGGCGUUUGGUCCUGAUGGGACGAAGUACUCCGGAGCUGUGGACUCCAGUGAAGAAUUUAUUGGGGUUAGUUCUGGGGACUUGUGGUGGGAGCUUUUAUGCUGA